AUGGAGUCAAAGGAUACCGAUGCCCUUGCAUUCCGGGCGAAGCCACCUUGCCCGGGCGAUGAAAUUGUGGUAUCCGGUAUUGCUGGCCGUUUCCCGAACUCCAACAGCGUCAAGGAGUACGGCCACAAUCUCUUCAACAAGAUUGACAUGGUGGAUGAUCUCGAGACCCGCUGGAGACACAGCAAUGUUGAGAUUCCGCGCCGAAUGGGCAAGGUGAACAAUCUCGAGAAGUUCGAUGCGACUUUCUUUGGAGUACACUUCAAGCAGGCGCACACGAUGGAUCCGCAGUGUCGCAUUCUGGUUGAGCAUGCGUAUGAGGCGGCCAUCGAUGCCGGUGUCAAUCCGAAAUCUCUGCGUGGUUCCCGUACCGGUGUGUUCGUCGGAGCCUGCUUUGCCGAGUCGGAGAAAACGUGGUUCUACGAGAAAAUUUCUUCCGGUGGCUUUGGAAUCACGGGUUGCUCGCGUGCCAUGAUGGCGAAUCGUAUCUCGUACACGAUGGGGCUGAAUGGGCCUUCCUUUCUGCUCGAUACGGCGUGCAGUAGCUCGAUGUAUGCACUCGAUUGUGCGUUUAACGCCAUCCGUAACGGAGAGUGCGAUGCGGCCAUUGUUGGGGGUUCGAAUCUCCUGCUCCAUCCGUACGUAACGCUACAGUUCGCUCGUCUGGGUGUCUUGGCUGCCGAUGGCUACUGCCGACCGUUCGAUAAGGACGCUUCGGGAUACACCCGAUCGGAGGCGGUUUGCGUGAUGUAUUUGCAGAAGGCGAAAGACGCCAAGCGUGUGUACGCCAACGUGGUCUACUCCAAGACGAAUUGCGAUGGGUUCAAGGAGGAAGGUAUCACCUAUCCGUCGGGAGUGAUGCAGCGGAAACUGCUGUCGGAGUUCUAUUCCGAAAUUCAGGUCGAUCCUUCGACAGUAGACUACGUUGAGGCACACAGCACGGGUACGGUCGUCGGGGAUCCCGAGGAGUGCGCCGGAUUGGACAAGAUCUUUUGCAGCGGACGUAAGAAACCGCUUCCGGUUGGUUCGGUCAAGUCCAACAUUGGUCACUCGGAGUCGAGUUCGGGCAUCUGCUCGGUGAUCAAGUGUAUUCUGGCCCUGGAGAAUAAGCUCAUUCCACCGAAUAUUAAUUUCAAAGAAAUUCGCCGCGAUAUUCCAUCACUUGUUGAGGGUCGCCUGCAGGUGGUUUCGGAAACUCAGCCCCUUGAUGGACCUCUGAUUGCCGUGAACUCGUUCGGCUUCGGUGGUGCCAACGCACAUGCCCUCCUCUACGGUAACACGAAGGAAAAGGUAAACCAUGGACUCCCCACGGACAAUUUGCCGCGUCUGAUCACCUGGUCGGGGCGUACGGAGGAAGCCAUCGAUGCGGUCCUCACCGAUAUGAGCAACCGCCACCUGGAUGCGGAGUAUGUCGCACUACUGCACAACGUGCAGAGCGAAUCCAUCCCUGGAAACGUGUUCCGUGGCUACGGAUUGUACGCCAAAGACGGUACAGAGAAUGCGAUAUGUCUUGGCCGAGACACUCAGCACUAUACCGGUCUUAAGCGCCCUCUUGUUUGGGUCUUCAGUGGUAUGGGCUCCCAGUGGACCGAGAUGGGCACUUCGCUGCUGGAGAUCCCGGUGUUCCGUCAGGCAAUCGAACACUGCCACCGAGUGUUGGAACCGCGUGGCCUUAAUCUGCUCGAGAUCCUCACGUCGAAGAACUGCAAGUACGAUAACAUCCUACACUCGUUCGUCGGCAUUGCCGCGGUACAGAUUGGUAUCGUGGACGUCCUACGAUCACUCGAUCUUGAGCCCGACUUUGUGAUCGGUCACUCUGUCGGUGAGUUGGGUUGUGCGUAUGCCGACCGUUGCUUCACCGCCGAGCAAAUGAUCCUGUCGGCGUACUCGCGCGGUAUGGCCAGCUUGGAGACGAAGACCGUCUACGGUUCGAUGGCAGCCGUUGGGCUUGGAUUCCGCAAGAUUCGUACGAUGCUACCACCGGGAAUUGAGGUCGCCUGCCACAACGGACCAGACUCGUGUACUAUUUCGGGUCCGAAGGAAAACGUGGAAGCGUUCGUAGCGCAGCUGACUGAGAAGGGUAUCUUCGCGAAGGAGGUACCUUGCUCGAACAUUCCCUACCAUAGUAAGUACAUUGCCGAGAUGGGACCAAGGCUGCUGGCACGGUUGAAUGAGGUCAUCCCUGAACCGAAAAAACGUUCACCUAAGUGGUUGAGCUCGUCCGUCCCGAAGAUUCGCUGGGAUCAACCGGAAAGCCAAUACUCGUCGGCACACUAUCACACGAACAAUUUGCUCAGCUCGGUUCUGUUUGAGGAAACUUCCGCGCUUCUGCCAAACAAUGCGCUGACGAUCGAAAUCGCUCCCCAUGGGCUGCUGCAGGCCAUUCUAAAGAAGUCGAUGCCCAACGCUAUCCACAUCGGAUUGACCAAGCGUGGCAACAAGGACAAUGUCCAGUACAUGUUCAACGCUCUUGGAAAAUUGUACAUCAACGGUUUGGACAUUCCCGUGGCACGCCUCUAUCCGGCGGUUGAGUUCCCCGUCUCGCGUGGUACACCGAUGGUCUCGCAUCUCAUUCGCUGGGACCACUCAGAAGAUUGGUUUGUGACCAAGUUCGAGAUGCAAAAGUCCACCAAGAGUGGCGAACGGCGGGUUAAGAUCAAGCUGAACGACGAGGACUACAGCUACAUCGCCGGCCACGUGAUCGAUGGGCGUGUGCUGUUCCCGGCCACGGCCUACCUGCACCUGGCCUGGGAAACGCUAGCCAUGGUGAAGGGUCCAAUGUACUUCGAUCUGGAGGUCGAAUUUGAGGACGUAAAGUUCUUGCGUGCCACCUCGAUAACGAAGGAUCAGGAGAUCGAGUUCACCGUUAUGCUGCAACCGGGUACGGGUCGGUUCGAAAUCACCGAGGGUACGGCGGCCGUCGUGACGGGGUAUGUGCGCCACGUGGAGAACAUUACGCUGUCGGAGAUUCCAGAUCCACCGGCAAACGAUAUGCCGGUGCUGGAAACCAGAGACUUCUACAAGGAGCUACGUCUUCGCGGGUAUCACUAUAGCGGUGCGUUCCGGUCGGUGCUGGAGGCCCGCUCGGACAGUGCCUGUGGAAAGAUCAACUGGGAGCUUAACUGGGUCUCGUUCCUCGACUGUCUGCUGCAGUGCUGCAUCAUCGGAAAGGACACACGUUCCCUGAUGAUUCCGACGUGCAUCGAAAAGAUGCGUAUCGAUCCGAAGAUGCAUCUAGCUAUCGCCAAUACGAUGGAGGAAGGAAGUCAAGUGUUUGAAUUCAAAAAUUCCAAGAUCCUGAACACCAUCCGCUGCGGUGGAAUCGAAAUUAUUGGCCUGCAGGCAAGUACCGUGGCGCGCCGCAAGCCACCGGGCAUUCCGGUGCUCGAGUCGUACCAGUUCAUCUCUCAUCUUCCCGCACCGACGCUUUCGAAGGCGGACGCGGUAAGGGUGUGCGUACAACUUGCACUGGAAAACAUUCCCGUACCAAAGGUUAAGGUGGUGGAGGUGGACUUCAACAACAGCGUCCCGAUUACGCCACUCUUUGCCGACGCACUGGGUGAUCUGCCUCUUGUGACGGCUGACUUGAUGUUCCUCAGCAAACAAACACUCUCGCUCGGUGGCGUCCAUGUGGAGGACGGUAAGCUUUCGACGCAAACGAACUCCCUCUUCCUCAUCUCGACCAAUUGCCUCGGGCGACCUGAGUUUAUCGAAGAAUCCGUCGGUAGCCUGCACGAAAGUGGAUAUGUUUUGAGCCGGGAAGCGGCCAACUUAGUGGUGGACAGUAUUGUCCCCCCGGCCGGUUUCCAACUGCUUGCCGUCUUCCCCGUUCCCGAGCACGAGACCUUCGUCCUACUGCAACGCAUCAAGCGCAAGUUUAUGGCCGUACCGUCGAUCGUUCGGAUUCCUCCGAUUGACGAUCAGUACCAGUGGAUCGCGACGCUAAAGGAGGCGAUCAAGUCCGGACCGGUGAUUGCCGUGUCGCAGGGUAAUCCCAACUCCGGUAUCGUCGGACUUAUUAACUGUAUCCGCAAAGAGCCAGACGGUGGCAUGGUAAGCUGCGUGUUUGUCGAUGAUCCAACGGCACCACCAUUCGACUUGGACCAUCCUGUCUUCAAGAGCCAGCUACGACUCGGUCUUGCCAUUAAUGUGUACCGUAAAGGACGUUGGGGAAGCUUCCGACAUUUGCAACUGAUCCAGGAGAUCGAAUCGAAGCCAAGGCGUAACCAUUGCUAUGCCAACGCUCUGGUCAAGGGUGACCUGUCCUCGAUGACAUGGCUUAGCGGACCAUUCAAUCAUGGGCGACCGAAGGGUGAGCUGGUGAAGGUGGUCUACAGUGCGCUCAACUUCCGCGAUGUCAUGUUCGCGACCGGUAAACUGACGUCGGACUUUGCCAACCUUUCGCGUGUCGAGCAGCAGUGCGAACUAGGUUUCGAGUAUUCCGGCAUCAGCGAGACGGGACGCCGGGUCAUGGGCAUGGUUACGACAGGAGCGAUGGCUACGCACGUGCAGUGUGACGACACCCUUACCUGGACCAUCCCGGAGAAGUGGACCCUGGAAGAGGCCGCCACCGUACCGGUGGUGUACACAACCGUUUACUGUGCGCUAUUCAUUACCGCACACAUUCAGAAGGGUCAGUCGAUCCUUAUCCACGCCGGAAGUGGUGGCAUUGGCCUUGCUGCCAUCCGAGUCUGCCUAGCGUACGGGCUGGACGUGUUCACCACGGUGGGUACGGACGCGAAACGUGACUUCCUGCUGCAAACCUUCCCGCAGCUGAAGGCGGACAACAUUGGCAACUCGCGUGACACAUCCUUCGAGCGUAUGAUUAUGCUGCGCACAAACGGCCAAGGUGUGGAUUAUGUGCUGAACUCGCUUGCGGACGACAAACUACAAGCAUCCGUACGUUGCCUCGGAAAGUAUGGCAAGUUCCUGGAGAUUGGAAAGUAUGAUAUGGCGAACGAUUCCAAGCUCGGAUUGAAUCGGUUCCUGCGUGCCCUCUCGUUCACGGCAGUGUUGGUCGAUUUCCUCUUCACUGCACCACCGGAGGAAAAAAUGGUGCUACACAACAUGCUCGAUAAGGACAUGAAAAACGGUAUCAUUGUACCACUGAAAACGAACGUUUUCUCGGCGGGUGAAAUUGAACAGGCCUUCCGUUAUCUGGCCAGUGGUAAACACGUCGGAAAGGUGCUGCUCAAGAUACGCGAGUCACCAAGCGAUGAGGACUCACUUCCACUGAGCUACCUACCGAGGGUUUACUGCAACCCGGAUCGGUCGUAUGUCAUCGCCGGAGGUCUGGGAGGAUUUGGUCUCGAGUUAGCCGAUUGGCUGGUUCUUCGCGGUUGCCGCAAGGUGGUGGUCAGUUCCAGCCGGGGUCUCUCAAAGCCAUACCAACUGUACCGCAUUAAGAUUUGGGAAACCUAUGGUGUAAAGGUGGUCAUCAGUACGGACGAUAUUACCAGCCGUGCCGGUUGUGAGGCACUGAUCGGCGCUGCCAACAAACUUGGUCCCGUCGGAGGUAUCUUCAACUUGGCCGUUCAGCUACGCGAUGGUAUCUUCGAGAACCAAUCGGUGGAACGCUUCCGGGAAUGUAUGGCGCCGAAGGCGUACGCUACCCAAUACCUCGAUGAAGUGAGCCGCCGCGUUUGCCCUCAGCUGGAAUUCUUCGUGAUCUUCUCGAGCGUUUCUUGCGGACGUGGUAAUGCCGGCCAGAGUAACUACGGUAUGGCUAACUCGGUGAUGGAGCGCAUCAUCGAACGUCGCUGGGCCGAUGGACUUCCGGCGAAGGCUAUCCAGUGGGGUGCCGUCGGAGAGGUAGGACUCGUAGCGGAUAUGCAGGAAGACAAGCUGGACAUGGAAAUUGGUGGCACGCUGCAGCAGCGUAUUACCUCGUGCUUGCAAGAGCUGGACCCACUGCUUACUACGCCAGAACCGAUCGUGGCCAGCAUGGUGGUGGCGGAAAAGCGUGUCCGCACCAGUGGCAAGGAGAACAUCAUCGAAUCGGUGAUGAACAUCAUGAGCAUCAGGGACAUCAAGUCGAUCUCGAUGGACACGACCCUUUCGGAGUUGGGUAUGGAUUCACUCAUGGCGGUCGAAAUCAAACAAACGCUCGAACGCGAGUAUGAGCUCUUCCUGACACCGCAGGAUCUUCGUUCGCUCACUUUUAUGAAGCUGCAGGAGUUGACCGAAGCAAAGGCGGCCGCUGAUGAGAACGUGAAGCUGAAGCUUGCCAACGAGAAAACGCCAACCGGUGUUGCGAUGUUGCUGCGUAACUUGGGCGACGAGUUCAACAGCCAGCAUACGAUCCUCCGUUUGCAGUCGGAGAACGAUUCGAAGAAGUACAACGCGUGCGUUUUGUUCACGCCCGGCAUUGAAGGUGUAGCUGGUAACGCAUGGCACAAUAUUGCGGCCCAACUUUCGUUGCCCACGUUCAUCACACAGCUUACGCACACAAUCGACAUGACCACGGUGGAAGAGAUCGGUCGUUUCCUAGCACCGGAACUGAUCGAGAACAUCUUCAAGGGCACGGAACACUUCUACCUGGUGGGAUAUUCAUUCGGUGCCUUUAUUACGCUGGAAUUGGCCCGUAUCCUAGAGGAGACGGGCAUGCGUGGUCAAAUCCUGCUCAUCGACGGUGCACCAAAGUUCCUCCGUAAGCUGGCCAUCGAUCAGAUGACGGAAAAUUAUACCGACGACAGCAUACAGGUGGUGCUGACCUCGGGCAUCGUUAACACGAUCUUCCCGGAGGAAAAUACCGACGUGCUGCCACUGCUCGCCUCCUGCACCACGUUCGAUCAGCGCAUCGAUAAGCUGCUCGAGCUGUCCAAGGACCAAAACCUCUACUCGGAGGCGUACCUGCGCAUGAUGCCAAAGGCCCUGUUUAACCGCAUCAAGAUCGCCCUGGAAACCGACAUCGACAAUCCGAAACCCGUGCAAUCGCCCAUCCUGCUAGUGCGCCCGACCGAGGUGUCGGUGGUGGACAUCGAGGAGGACUACGAUCUAUCUCGGUACACCGAGGGUAAUGUGAGCCUGAAGUUUGUCGAGGGCAACCACAUCACCAUGCUGGACAACCCGAAGCUGGUUCAAAUCAUUACCGAUUCGGACCCGGUGCUGGAAUCGGAUCGAUGCUUCCAGAAGUACCUGCAAAGCAAUUCCGUGGCAGAGUAA